AUGCAGGGAAGAGAAAGGGCAAGAGGCGGUGGUCAUGGAGGUGAUCAUGAGCAGUCAGAGGAGGAAGAGUUGGAGGAUCAGAAACUUAGAGAGGAAAGCAAACCAUCAUGGAAGAGGCUAUUUGGGCUGCUUAGAAGAAUGGAUUCACACAGUGGAAGUGAAAUCGUUUUCAGAGAUGGAAACAGCUUAGGGCACUCUUCACCUUCUCAUCGUUACAUUAUCCGUCCUGACAACUGGUGGUACACAGUAUGGGUGCAUUUCAUACUAAUAUGGGCAGUCUACUCUUCCUUCUUUACACCAUUGGAGUUUGGUUUCUUCAGAGGACUCCCAGAGAACCUUUUCUUGCUAGACAUUGCUGGUCAGAUUGCUUUCCUGAUAGACAUGGUAGUCCAUUUCUUUGUGGCCUAUCGUGACACUCACUCUUAUCGCUUGGUCUACUGUCACAAGCUCAUUGCUAUUAGGUACUUGAAAUCUCGGUUCUUGGUUGAUUUUCUUGGUUGUCUUCCUUGGGAUGCCAUCUUCAAGGCUUCUGGGAGAAAAGAGGCAGUGAGAUACAUGUUGUGGAUUAGGCUAAGUCGGGCAAAAAGAGUGACAGAGUUUUUUGAGAGGUUGGAGAAAGAUAUGAGGAUCAAUUACCUUUUCACAAGAAUAGUGAAACUUCUUGUGGUUGAACUCUAUUGUACACAUACUGCUGCCUGCAUUUUUUAUUUUCUUGCUACUACUAUGCCUCCCUCCCAUGAAGGUUACACCUGGAUAGGAAGUUUACAGAUGGGUGACUAUCACUAUACACACUUCAGAGAGAUUGAUCUUUGGAAGCGAUACGUGACAUCACUCUAUUUUGCCAUUGUUACUAUGGCAACUGUAGGUUAUGGAGAGAUACAUGCAGUAAAUAUCAGGGAAAUGAUAUUUGUCAUGAUUUAUGUAUCUUUUGACAUGAUUCUUGGUGCUUAUCUGCUUGGUAACAUGACUGCAUUGAUAGUAAAAGGAUCGAAGACAGAAAAGUUUAGGGACAGAAUGACUGAUCUCAUCAAAUACAUGAACAGAAAUAAUCUCGGCAAGAGCUUAAGUAAUGAGAUCAAAGGCCAUCUGAGAUUGCAAUAUGAUCGCAGCUACACUGAAGCUGCUGUUCUGCAGGAAAUCCCAGCUUCUAUCCGUACUAAGGCGAUUCGAGUCCAUGAAGAAUUUUUCCUUCCUGGAGAAGUAAUUAUAGAGCAGGGACAUGUAGCAGAUCAGCUUUAUGUUGUCUGUCAUGGUGAAUUGGAGGAAGUCGGAAGAGGAGAAAAUGAUGAAACAGAAGAGUUUCUCAUGCGUCUGCAAACCUAUAGCUCAUUUGGGGAAGUUUCUUUUCUUUGCAACACUCCUCAGCCUUAUACAAUUCGAGUUCGGGAACUUUGCAGGGUUCUGCGACUUGAUAAACAAUCUUUUACAGAGAUCCUUGAUAUAUACUUCUCUGAUGGGCGAAUUAUAUUGAACAAUCUCCUCGAGGGAAAGGAUGACAAUAUACGGAAUGAAUUAUUGGAGUCAGAUGUUACCCUUUACAUCGAAAAGUCUGAAUCAGAGCUGGCUAUGAGGUUGAAUUGCGCUGCUUUUGAUGGAGAUUAUUAUCGACUGAAACGUUUGAUUGGAGCUGGAGCAGAUCCGAAUAAGGCCGAUUAUGAUAGAAGAUCACCUCUGCAUAUUGCUGCGUCUAAAGGAUAUGAAGAUAUAACGGUACUCCUUAUUGAACAACGAGUGGACGUCAACCUUUCAGAUAAGUUUGGGAACACCCCCUUACUAGAAGCCAUCAAGGGCGGGCAUGAUGACGUAGCUUCUUUACUAGUUAAAGCAGGGGCAUCACUGACAAUUGAUGAUGCUGGUGGUUUUCUCUGUACGACUGUUGCAGGGAGGGAUUUGAAUCUCUUGAAAAGGGUUCUGGCCAAUGGGAUUAAUCCAAAUGCAAAGAACUUUGAUCAUCGAACACCUUUGCACAUAGCUGCAUCAGAAGGUCUACUCUCAAUAGCAAGUUUACUUCUAGAAGCAGGGGCCAGUGUUUUUCCGAAGGACAGAUGGGGAAAUUCUCCACUUGAUGAAGCCCGUAUUGGUGGAAAUAAGGAUUUGAUUAAGUUGCUUGAGGUUGCAAGAGCUUCUCAAAUGUCUAAAUUCUCUGAUUAUCCUCAACUUCCACGGGAUGAUGUGCAAAGAAGGAAAUGCACAGUGUUUCCCUUCCAUCCAUGGGAUCCAAAAGAGAAGAGAAGAGAAGGAAUUGUUUUGUGGGUUCCUCAAACCAUUGAAGAGCUUGUCAAAGCAGCUAUGGAGCAAUUAAAAUCUUCAGGUGGUUGUCUUUUAUCUGAAAAUGGUGGCAAAAUUCUUGAUGUGAACAUGAUUAGUGAUGACCAGAAGCUAUUUUUGGUCAGUGAGUGA